CAUCCAACCUCCCACACAAUUGGCCAUGACUACAACAACAUGCGAGAACGGUUCUUCAUACACUGUAUCGUCUCAAUCUGAUGGAGAUUCAAGCUCGAAGCCAGACUCUUCAUCAAUUGAGGCAAAAAAUGAACAAGCCAGUCUUUGCAGCGAAGCUGAGAAAGAUCCAGGCGUGCCUGUCCUGGAGGGCUGGCCGCUUGGCUCUACCNNGCUAUGUCUAGCUCUACUCCUUGCAACACUUGAUACAACCAUCAUAUCAACCUCGCUGAUCACAAUUGCUUCCGAGUUGGGCCAUUUCGACCAAGCAAGCUGGAUAUUGGUAUCAUAUCUACUGACAUAUUCCGGUUUUCUUCUCAUCUUCACACGUUUGAGCGAUGUCUUGGGGAGGAAACCCAUGUUGUUGUUCUCCAUCGUCAUGUUCCUUGUCUGGUCUAUCGGUUGUGGCUUCUCCCAAACACUCGAGCAACUUAUUGUAUUUCGCGCAUUGCAGGGUAUAGGUGGUGCUGGGAUCUAUGCCCUUGCGUAUGCGUCUGUCUUGGAUGUGGUGCCGUUUAGGCUUGUCAGUGCAGCAUCUGGAGCUAUCUCCAUGAGCACCGCUUGCGCAAGUCUUUUAGGCCCUGUUCUCGGCGGUGUCAUCACAUCUAACACCACAUGGAGGGUAUUUUCCCCGAACAAUCAAUCGCAGACUCUUGCUGACCUUCAUAGNUGGGUCUUCUGGAUCAAUAUUCCUUGUGGAGUUCUGGUGACCGUCUGUGUGGCUUGUCUGUUCCCGAAUAGAGCUGGAACGAGAAGUUUUGGGAAGGCAACACUACAGAAGAUCGACUGGCCCGGCAUACUUCUCUCGCUCACAGGAUCAUCUCUUCUCGUCGUGUCUCUUGAACAAGGAGGCGUUCAAUUUUCAUGGCGGAGCUUGUUCAUCAUCCUCAUGUUGGUUGGCUCAUCUCUUUGUUUUAUAGGCUUUGGCGCCUGGGAGUAUGUCCUGACUCCGAGAGAAGCAAGAAUGAAGAUGCUCCCUCUUUUCCCGACCAGGCUGGUCUCGAGCAGGGUUGUUGCGGCGACANNCUUGGGUAUGUUCAAAAACGCAACUUUCGUGGAACAUGUACUAACGCGCUGCAGAACCGUAUUCUUCACUGGUUUUCCAUUCGUGGUCACCAUAAUGGCCCUCCCUCAACGCUUUCAAAUUGUUAACGGCGACACUCCAGAAAAUGCCGGUCUUCACAUGCUUCCUCUCAUCGGCGCAACCGCAUUGGGCGCAAUGCUGACAGGAACUAUUACUGGCAAGUUUAACAUCGCUUGGCACCUGCUAGUGUUUUCGAACAUCCUCAUGACUAUUGGUUGUGGACUCAUGUCAACUUUACCCGUAGACAGAAAGAUUGCCAAGAUCUGUUACUUCUAUCAGCUCGUUUUGGGCUUUGGCUUUGGCCUUACUAUGGCCAGCUCCAUGGUUGUCAUUCGUACUGAAGUGGCGCUGAAAGACAAUAGUGAGUUUCUCCUGGACCAAGCUUGUUUCAUGAUUACUGACUACUCCAAGCUNGUCUCUCUAGGUGCUGUCACACAAAUGCGGCAACUCGGUGGUGUUAUCGGUCUUGCUGUAACGCAGGCCAUUCUAAACGGCGAUUUCAGAUCUCAGCUGGCCAAUUUCCUUUCGCCUAGAGAGCUGAAAGCAGUAUUACUGUCGACUGAGAACAUCAAGGAGCUCAGUGCUGCUCACAAAGACAUGACGUGUCGCGCAUAUGGAACAUCCGCCAAUGCGCAGAUGCGCGUAGUCACAGCAUUUGCUGGUGCCGCUAUCCUGACGAGCAUCUUCGCAUGGCAGAAAGCGCCCCGUGACCGUAAAGCACUCGAGGCAGAGCGUAUCGCGCUCCAGAAAGGCCGCCUCGCGCCUGUCGAGCUUUGCAGUACUCCUGUCGCCUCGAUAGGCUCAUUGCGUUCGCGAGUUGUCACUGAGAGUGCAGACAUCACAAGGCCAUCUCUGGUCCAACGUAGAAGCACAGCUGAGGUACCAGGGGACCCACCAAUGUCCAGUGAGCCUUCUCAUUUCNNGACCGACUGGGAGCUUGAUGGCAGCUUCUGCUGGGUGUCUCCCUUGUUCAAACGCGUCACGGCUUCACUUGUCUGGUCAGCCUUUACAGGGAGGUCCAGACUCCAACAUAGCAUCGAGCUAGCCAAACAUAUUCAUGACUUUCUGAGAAUACAAGUACUAUGUGCUGGCUCG